AUGCCCCCUCAGAGAUUCUCCAGCGUCCGGUCAAAGUCCAGCCUUAGGCCCAUUUUCAGGCUCGACUCGAGCCCCGUCUCCUUUCGAUAUGAACAGACCAUCCAGGCGGAGCCGCCAAUCCACAUCACAUCCCCUUCGCGUCCGGCCCCUUCCAUUUAUUCUUCGUGCCAGCGACGUCCGUCCACUAUUUCCUCUUCAACAACUACCACCACAAUCACCGCCGUCGCGACGACGCCAUCCUCGCCCACUCACACCUUCGUUGUCGUGAUCCCCCGUCCUCCUCCCCCCGAAGAAGAGCAUCCGGCGCUACGAAGUAGCAAGUCCGUCAGCGACGCCGAAGGUUGGAAAAGAGAUUCGGGCCUCGCACCAACCAUCGUCCCCACCAUCUCGAUCGGUUCCGCUACGAUACGAGGCGACGAGUACGACGACAACGACGGCAACGACGCCGCUGCCGCCGCCGAACCCUGUUUCGAUACUGCUCUGUACGACAAGUACAACAAACUCUUCGACUUUGAACCCGUUUCUGUGGUCCAUGAUAUAGCAUCUGGUUACUCGACCGGCGACCAUCCCCAGCACGACGUAUCAACAGCGGCAGCUGCACCGCUCUUUCUGCGACUAUCACUGUCAAAUGAUCGACAGGCACCAUCCGCCGCAUCCGUAUCCCUGUCUUCUGUGCCCUCAUCCCCCUCGUCGCCCCCAUCACAACCUUCCUCCGCAUUCUCAUCCCACUCGGCCAAUAGCAGCCUCCUUGCUUCAACGCCCCCACAGCCCCCUACGCUAGCAGAACGGAGGAAAAAACUGGUCAAGUCCUUUAGCCUACGGACGGGGCUAUCAAUAACCACCAGGAGACUCCGCAAAAGAAGUCUCGGCCACGAGGACGCCAACGGCUAUCAAGCCCACUUGGCCGCGCUAUCAACUGGGGGAGGCGCUAGUAAUCUUAGUGCCACGGCGUCAGCGGUCGCGGUAAUGGCGCUCAACUCAUCAGCGUCAGGGUCGUCCAGGGCCCUCGCUGAAACUCCAGCCACGCCCAACACCACCACAACGGGCGGUGCCGGCAGUCGCUCGCCUGCAGACAGCACCACCACCAACACCCCUGCUCCCGCCGCCACAACCCGUAUAUUCCACCCGUCCAGUGCGGCUGCCAUCGCUGCCAUCGCCCUCCCCGACUUUUCCCCCCUUUCCAUUGCAAUCCCCGACGAACGCCUCCUCGACGAUGACUUCAUUCAGAACAUGAGCUUCUCUCAACGCGGCAGUGUCAUGUUUGGUGGUCGCCGCGCAGUGCCACGCCCAUCGCCAAACUCGCCAUCCCCAACUCACGAGGCUGAAGCGAAAUCGCAGGCUGAAGAAGUGAAUGGAGAAGCAAGGACAGACGGCGAGGCGCCGACACCGGCCAUCGACUUCAUUGCCUGGCAAUCCGGACCGAAAUCGGACGAAGCACCGGCGGCGCCGACCAGACUGCCACCGACCGUACCAUCCGCAGCGGCAAUCAUCUCGCCAUCGGCACCCGCAGAGGAAUCGGCACCCGCGUCGGUAGAAUCAGAUACAGAGACCAAAGUAACGACCGACGCGGAGACCGAAACGGCCACAGACCCGGCGGCAGAAGCUGUGGCAGAGACACCUACAGAAGCGACGGCGGAAGCAGCAAGGAAACAACCGAUGGAAACAAUUGCAGAAGCAGAGGCGGAGGCAGAGGCAAUCACGGAAGAAACAGCGACAGAAAAAGUCACAGAGCAGGCGGCGGCAGAUGAGGUGCCAGAGGUAGAGGCAAAGACAGACGCAGACGCAGACGCAGACGCAGACGCAGACGCAGACGCAGAUGCAGACGCAGAUGCAGACGCAGUGACGGCGGCAGUAACAGAGGAUGCCACGGCAGAGACUACUACUGAACCAUCGAGGGAGCCGACGCCCGGAGAAUCUCCCACGGCGACACCCGCUACCCCUACUCCUACUUCCACCACUCCUGCCAUCGUCAGCACCCCGUCGGCGGAGGGCACCAGCAAUGCCAACACGACCGAAACGCUAGUGGAUGGGACUUCCCAGACCACCCAGACGACGACCGCAAUGCCUUCGAUUCAACUCAUGCCGGCCGAUGUGGAGAGAGAUUCUCAAAAGGUGAGAUCUCUUUAUGACUCUGGCGAUGCCGUGAGGUGGGAAGACGGUGGGAGACUCUCCCCACUCGGCGAACAAGGGGAGCCCGACUCCCCAUCUGCCAACAAGGACACAGAGAAUGACGCCGUGUCCGACCUCCAUUCUCCGCCGCGCUCUCUUUCCCGAUCUGCGAGUUUCUUGUCGGCCCGCCCCGAAAGUGCGCUCGUGCGCAGAGAGUAUGAGCUUGCAGGCGGCAUCGAAGAUUGGGAGGACGUACAAGGUGGUGACGUCGAUCGGUACGGCUUCAUCACCCCGCGCAGGCCUCAAUCCUCAAGAACCGAUACUCCGCCGACCGAACUGAGAUCGUCCCGGUCCGUCUUCAGGAGGAGGAAUGUAUUGUCGACGCGAGAUGACUCGGGUCCGCACGGCCGCGGGCCGAGCAGGAAGUUGUCGGCUCGAUCCCUCCACACUCAGACCUCCGAAGUGUCGACCAGGUCGCGUCGAUCGGCGAGGUCUGCCAUUCGCCAGGCGACCAACUUGCUCCCCCACAACCGCAACCGGCGCUGGAUGGACGAAGCGGGCGACAUGUUGACGCUGAUGCCAGGGCUCCAGGACGUCAUGGAAGACGCCAAGGCGGAGCAAAUAUCCGAGGCCAUCAAGAAGAAGGAAUGCGAGCGAGCCGAAAAGUGGCGGAAGAUGGCCAAGGUGGUCAAGAAGGGCGAAGACGGAGAGGGCAUGGUCUUUGAGUUCGACGUCAAGAACCCCAAGCUGAUCGAAAGGACGUGGAAGGGCAUCCCCGACCGGUGGCGAUCCUCGGCCUGGUAUUCCUUCCUGGCAGCCAGCGCCCGGGAGAAGCCGGGGUCGCCCUCGGAGGAACAUAUCAUAGCCGACUUCAAUCGCUUUCAGAACAGGAGCUCGCCCGACGACGUCCAGAUCGACCUGGACGUGCCGCGCACCGUCAAUCGGCACGUCAUGUUCCGGAGGCGGUACCGUGGCGGCCAGCGGCUGCUCUUCCGCGUGCUACACGCCCUAUCACUCUACUUCCCGGAGGUCGGCUACGUGCAAGGGAUGGCGUCCCUGGCGGCGACCCUUCUCUGUUACUACGAUGAGGAGCAGUGCUUUGUCAUGCUGGUGCGCAUGUGGCAGCUGAGAGGCCUGGAGCGACUGUACCGGCCCGGUUUCGAGGGUCUAAUGACUGCACUCGGGGAUUUCGAAACGUACUGGCUGCGUGACAAGCCCGUGGCGCGAAAGCUGACCGAGCUUUGCAUUGACCCCACGGCAUACGGAACACGAUGGUAUCUGACUCUCUUCAACCUGACCAUCCCGUUUCAAGCGCAGCUCAGGGUGUGGGACGUGUUCUUGCUCCUGGGUGACAGCCCUCCCGAGCGGCCACCGACGACAUCGAACGGGUCGAAAGCGACGCCGAAGCAGCCGCUUGCCGGGAUCGAGAUUGUGCACGCCACGAGCGCGGCCUUGAUCGAUGCCCUCGGCGAGGUUCUGCUGGACUCGGAUUUCGAGAACGCCAUGAAGGCCUUGACGUCCUGGAUCCCCAUCAAGGACGAAGACUUUCUCAUGAAGGUGACCAAGGCGGAAUGGAAGGCUUAUCAGAGUCGGAAGAAGGCCUAG